GGCCGGCAGCGCCCCCUGGCGGAGCGGGGGAGCAGCCGGUGCGAUGCGCGGGGCGCUGCGGCUGGUGCGGUUCCGGGGCGCCGCGGGCGGGGGGCCCCGGCUCGGGCUGGAGGAGGCGCCCGGGGGGGACCUGGUGGAUCUGAGCGCGGCCGAGCCGGAGCUGCCCCGCUCCAUGCGGGAAUUCCUGGAGAUCGGCCCCCGCGGGCUGGAGCUCGCCCGGAGGGCGCUGCAGUCGGGGCGGCACCGCGUGCCCCGGGCGGCCGCGCGGCUGCUGGCCCCCGUGGGGGACCCCCAGAAGGUGAUCUGCGUGGGGCUCAACUACCACGACCACUGCCAGGAGCAGGGCGCCAAGGUGCCCCGGGAGCCCCUCAUCUUCAGCAAGUUCCCCAGCGCCAUCGCCGGGCCCUUCGACGACAUCGUGCACCCCCAGGACACCAGCGAGCUGGACUGGGAGGUGGAGCUGGCUGCUGUCAUCGGGAAGAGGGGGCGGCACAUCGAGGAGGGGCAGGCGCUGGAGCACGUCCUGGGCUUCACGGUGGCCAACGACGUGAGCGCCCGGGACUGGCAGAUGCGGCGCAACGGGCGGCAGUGGCUGCUGGGGAAAACCUUCGACACCUUCUGUCCCCUGGGGCCGGCCAUUGUCACCAGGGAGGCGGUGCCAGAUGUCCACGACCUGCGGAUCCGCUGCAGCGUCAACGGGCAGCGCAUGCAGGACAGCAGCACCCGCCACCUCAUCUUCGGGGUGCCCGCCCUCGUGGCCUGGGUGUCCCGGUUCGUGACACUGGUCCCUGGGGACGUCCUGCUGACGGGCACCCCCGCGGGAGUGGGGGUCUUUCGGAACCCGCCCGUUUUCCUGAAGCGCGGCGACGAGGUGCAGUGUGAGAUCGAGGAGCUGGGCACCAUCUGCAACAGGGUGGUGUGACGCUGGGGAGGCGCCCGGGCCCCCCCGGGGUCAAUAAAUGCACGAGGAGCCACUGGUCA